UCUAGGAUUACUUAUUGUUGUGUUAUUGUGUUUGAUUGUGUUUAUAGACGCAUCGCCUACAAAUUGCUACAAAAAUGUAUGCGAUGAUUCUAAUAUUUUAAUUAUGUACCGUAUGUAAAAUCAGGUUUUUUUAAAAAUAUGUAUUUAAGUAUGUAAAUAACAUGCAAGUCACGUUGGAAAAAUGUAGAUUCAUUUUAUGUUAUUUCUUAAAACAUACAACAUAUUCUACUGUUACUUGUAAAGAAUAUGCCUUUAAAAGGAGUAAAAGUGUUAGAAUUAGCUGGUCUUGCACCAGGCCCCUUUUGUGGAAUGAUAUUGGCUGAAUUUGGUGCAUCGGUGAUUAAAGUUGACAAGAUUAACACGUUUCAUAGUAUCGAUUCUCUUGGUAAUGGAAAGAGAUCAAUUGCCUUAAAUCUAAAAAGCCCAAAAGGUAUCAGUAUAUUUAAGAAACUAAGCAAUCAAAGUGAUGUACUUAUAGAUCCAUAUAGAGCUGGUGUGAUGGAGAAAAUGAAACUAGGACCAGAAGAACUCACAAAAACAAAUAAGAGAUUGAUAUAUGCUAGAUUAAGUGGAUUUGGUCAUAAAGGACCUUACGCUAACAUGGCUGGACAUGAUAUAAAUUAUCUAGCACUGUCUGGUUUAUUAUCUUUGAUGGGUCGGUCUGAUCAGAAGCCAACACCUCCAAUUAAUUUGGCUGCUGACUUUGGUGGUGGUGGAUUAAUGUGUGCCUUUGGAAUACUCUUGGCAUUGUUUGAACGUACUAAAAGUAACAUCGGUCAGGUGGUUGAUGCAUCAAUGGUAGAUGGAACAGCGUACUUAGGGAGUUGGCUUUUCAGAUCCCAAAAGAUGCCAGGAUUAUGGGGGAAAGCACGUGGCAAAAAUAUAUUAGAUAGUGGGUCACAUUUCUAUGAUACUUAUGAAACAAAAGAUAAACAGUAUAUGUCUGUUGGAGCGCUUGAACCACAGUUUUAUCAAAUAUUUUUGGAAAAACUUGGCCUUUCAGCGAAUGAAAUGCCACAGUUUGAUAAAUUCGAUGAAAAUCGUGAAAUACUCGAGAAAAUAUUCAAACAGAAAACUCAAGCUGAAUGGUGUGCUAUAUUUGAUGGCACAGAUGCUUGUGUAACACCUGUUUUGAAUAUAGAAAAUGUUACAUCUCAUGCACAUAAUAAAGAAAGAAAUACAUUUACAUCUGACCAAGAAGAUACAGUGAUUCCAAAUCCUGCUCCUCGUUUAUCUCGUACUGCCGGGGUGUCGAAAGGACACCAAGGUAAUCCUGAGCCAGCUAUGAAUUACUCUCAAGAAGAAAUAGAACAAAAACGUUUAUUGGCUUUACAACGUAAAAAACAAGCUCAAGUAAAGAAUACUUCAUUUAACUCUAGUGUCAGCAGAAACAGUAUUUCUCCUGCUAAUAACCAUGCUAUGUUCGAUCAAAAUAAGUCAAUGAAUACAGUUAAACCUUUUGAACAUUAUGAAGCGAAGGAUGCUGAAGUCAAAUCAAAAUUUGGGUAUCAUUCGAAUACUCCAAAAUUUAAUAAACAAAAGGAACGUUUCAAUCCAAUGUCGACAAAGAAAUUCUUUGGUCAAAAGUCACGUAUCACAGGAAAAUGUUACAUGAUAAGCGAUGACAGAUUUACUUUAGAAACAUCGUCAUAUUUUCCUCCACUUAUAGAGACUUUAAAAACAGUUCCAAGCAGAUCAUAUGAUAUGAAAGCCAAAACUUGGAAUUUUCAUUUGAAAGAUUAUGAAACACUAAUGGAGAAAGUGAUUAAUUUCAAAUCUGAUGUACAAAUAGUAGGAUUGCCAAAAUUAGUUAUUGAGUUAUUCAAAAAAUAUACCAGUUCAGAGAGUACUGAUGAGAAUAUUGACUUAUCAAGAAUUGAUCCUCAAUUAUUGGCAAGUUUGAUGCCCUUUCAACGUAAAGGAAUAUGCUAUGGGAUUUCUAAAAACGGUCGUUGUAUGAUUGCUGAUGAUAUGGGUUUAGGGAAAACCAUUCAAGCACUGGGAAUUGCCCAUUACUUUAAAAGGAAUUGGCCUCUUCUUAUUGUUGUACCAUCUUCAGUCAGAUAUCAAUGGGCAGAUGCAAUAUAUAGGUUUUUACCAUCUGUUCCUGCCCAGUAUGUUCAUCAAUUUUCAAGUAUGAAAGAUUUUAUGAGCAACAGCAAAAUUGUUAUUACAACUUAUGAUCUCUUAGUACGAGCUGUGAACGCAUUUGAACGGCAAACAUUUGGCUUCGUCAUUUUGGACGAAUCUCACGCUUUAAAAAGUGUUAAGACUGCUAGAUUUAAGGCUGCACAACGUGUAGUUUCACAAGCAUGCAAUGUUAUUUUACUUUCCGGAACACCGGCUUUAUCACGACCUAUAGAGCUAUAUUCUCAGAUAAAUCUUAUAAUGCCAAAUUUCAUGAGUUAUCAGGAAUACGGAAUUCGGUACUGUGCGGGAGAAAAGAAAGGAUUCGGUUGGGAUUUUACAGGGUCAUCAUAUAUGCAAGAAUUGCAACUAUUAUUAAAACACACAUGCGUAAUUCGAAGAUUAAAAAGUGAAGUAUUACGUGAAUUACCAACAAAAAAGAGGGAAGUGAUUGUAUUAGAUCCAAACUUAAUAAAGAACUCUACCAAAGAAAUGAAAGAAAUAUCCGCAAAAUUGGAACGGAAAACUUUAAGAGGGGUAGAAAGACAUAAUACUCUGUUACAGUAUUAUAACGAAUGUAGUUAUGCUAAGCAAAAAGCUAUUUGUGAUUAUAUUGGCAAGCUGUUGAAAAGCAAACAGAAGUGUAUUAUAUUUGCUCAUCACCAAAAUGUUUUAGAUGCUAUCUCAGAAGUUGCCGAGUCCAUGGACAUAAAAUAUAUUAGAAUCGAUGGGAAAACAAAUCCUGAACGUAGAAAAUAUCAAGUUGAUAAGUUUCAAAGCUGUGAUGAUUACUUGGCUGCAAUUUUAUCAAUUACAGCCGCUAACACAGGCAUUACUUUAACAGCUGCACAACUCGUGGUUUUUGCAGAGCUGUUUUGGAAUCCCGGAGUUUUAUGUCAAGCAGAGGACAGAGUACAUAGAAUUGGUCAGAAUGAGAAUGUUGUGAUUCAGUAUUUGGUUGCCAAACAUACUGCAGAUGAUUAUUUAUGGCCAUUAAUUCAAAAAAAGAUGAAUGUGUUAAACGAAGUUGGACUUGACCAAGAUUUUUCUCUUAAAGACAUUGAUGUAACAAAACAAACAUUAAGUACAAAACAAAAAACGUUAGAUUCUUUUAUGGACAGUAGUCAGUUCGAUUUCUCAAUUGAUGACGAGAUAGUACAAAAUAAUGAAAAUGAAAACAACGAAAAUACAGUCCAACAGACACUAGAAAGUUGUUCUUCUAUAGCAUCGCAAGACUUUAAAGAAUUACUGGAGUUCAAUGAAGAGGACUUUGACUUCAGUAAUUGGGAUAAUAUAGAAUAAAGCAUUAUUUUUGUGUGAUAGGUUGUUAACAUUGUGAGGAGUAUAUGAAUGAAUAUUUGAUAAAUAAAACAUUUAUUUUUUAAACAA